GUGUCCGUAUAAUCAGCCUAAAGGAAAAGCGGAUUUUGCUAAAUGCACACACUUUCCGGAGUAUAAAAAAUUCUCCCCUUCUUCAACUAUCACAAGACAUGUAACAACAACAAACAUAGUUACAAUCACUUUCCUCUUCUUUUUAGCAGACUUUGAUUAUCUUCCAUUUCAAAUGAACAAUUCCAUAUAUUUAUUCGAUUCAGUUGAGCUUAAUAAGCUAGUGUGCACACAUAUUAAUACCUCAUCGACUAGCAAGGCAAUGUUUUUGAUUGAAUUAUCGGAAAAGUCCUUUAUUGUUCACAAUCUUCGACAUGAAGAAGUAAAUCAAAACAAGAAUCUCCCGUCAAAAACAGCAACGUGUAUUAAAUUAACAAAUAAUCGGCUAUUCACAGAUUCAUAUAUGUUUAGACUAUUGCAAAUAAAUAAACAUAUCAAUGAAAUACGCGUCAAUAUCGGUACUGAUGCCACCAUAGCUACAGAACUAUCAAAAACAAUCAAACAUAUCACCAGAAAAGGGAUAAAACUUGUAGUGGAAAGAGCAGCAGACUCAGAUGCGAUUAUUGCCGUUUAUGAAAAAUGGUGGACUAAUUAUUAUGACAACCAUGUCAUAUAUUGCAACAAUACUCAACAAAGCAUCCAAUCAAAAAGAAAAAUAGAUGACGACAUGGUGCUUUUGUCUGUACCAAAAGAUAAAAAACAACGACAAAAGUUUCUUUUGGAGAAAUCGAUAGGGCUUUUGGAGGAUCAAAUCAUGGUAGAGGAGCCCAACACAAAAAUAACACAAAUAUUUAGCAAAGUCAUCAACACCAACAGUGUUUAUGCACUAUCAAGCAUUGAUAUUAGCCAAUGCUUUCAAACAUUGAGAUCAAACACAGAAGUACCAUUAUUUGCUAAAAAAUUCAUGAACUGUGUCAUCAAAUUUCAACAACAAUUAGUGUAUGUAACUGGUUUUGACUUGUUUUGCCAUUUCCAACGAGAUAAUGAUGAUUGUGCUACAGAUAUGGUUCCCAGCAAUUCGAAAAAAGCGGUUGCAAAAAUACAAAGGAAAACCUACCUGUCAACACAUUUCCAAGAGAUAUCAAUUUAUUUUGGUAUUUACGAGCUUCUACUGACAAGUGGAUAUAUUGCAACAAACGAUUGUAUCAUACCAUUCCUUGGGUCGGCGAUAACUAUGCAACUAAAUGAACAAUGUACGGAAGAAAUAUACAUAGAUACUUGUGGUCCAAUAGUUAUAAACACUGAAAGACUCCUAAGGCAAUAUAUGAAGUUGCACUCAUACAAACCAUGGGGAUUUUAUUCCCUUGAUGCAUUUACAAAAGGGUUUACCCCUGUAAUACCCAUUUCCUACCAUGGUCACGUCUCUCAAAAGAACAAAGACAUCACCGUCCACCAUUUUGCCUCUAGGCUAUUGUCAAUUGUUUCCAGCAACAAAAUUAUUACAAAAGAAAUGAUGGUUGAUUUGUGGUUAUUUAUGGUACAAAUUCCUCUGUUCACAAAAGUAUCAAGAACCAAUAAUUUGCAGUCAAUCAAUUUUAAGGAACUAGAUGUAUUGCUAAAACAAUCAAAUAAAUAUGUCUACUUUGAUUAUUUGGUGGGUAUCUCCGCUUAUAUUGAAGAAAGGGCUGAACAGAAGAGUCAGUUCAUUUCCAACAUGUAUAGUCAAACUGCUACCAAAGAUAUUGCUUUGAAGAUAGGAAAGGGCGGUUUGUUCGGGGAUAUCAAGAAAACAAAUGAUGCUCUAAUGAAAGUAAUGAAGAAAGCCUUGAUGUGAACUUCAUUGAUUUAUUUAAUAAAUGUUACGCUUUUCCUUCAUGGUUUUUCUUAUGAUGUGUAUGAUCCCAUAAUAUCUUCCUAUUGAAUAUACAAUUAAGGUAAAGACAGCUUUAGUAUUAUAAACGGCGUAGUCAUUUUGAUCAACAUUUUAAAAUUUUUUUCCCUAGAUAAAAAGCAAUUUUUCAGAAGUGUUUAAAUAUACAUUUUUAUUAGAUUACGUUAAUAAUAAUGAUGGCGGAAAAGGCUCCUUUUAGUUCACAAAACAUUUUUUGUUUAACAGGAUCAACCACGAGAAGGUAGGAGGCCAUCUGAUCCCAAAAAUCAUUCUACAUAAUAGAUUACUCUA